AUGCCGCCGCAGCAUCCAUUUCCUGUCAACUGCAAGCAAUUGCUCUACUUAGCUGACAUGGGCUACAUUCAUCUUCCAACGAUUAAGCCGGAAGACAUCGAAAUGCGAAACAAGUCUGACAGCCUUGCCAGGACUAUAACCAUCACUCAGGUGUUGUGGUUUACACUUGGUUCUUAUCAUGAUUUUUACCGCGGCCGUCUGGUGGCGCAAACCAAUGGAUAUCUCGCAUCCAAUCAUACUGGAAUGCGAUGUUCCAUUAUCGACUAUUCUAGCGGCUAUUGA